CCACGGCGCGAUGCCGAGGCAUCGCAGAGGCUGCGAAACCGUGCGCUGGUCGUAGUAAUAGGUCUGGCCUUCGUGGACGGCGUCGCCGACGACGCGGAUGAUGCCCAGAUUGAGGCCGGACGUGAUGAUCCAAGCGUUGGCUGUGCGCGCAGCACGGAUCAGACCCUGUGCGUGGGGUGGGAGAAAAGACAGGUUGUUCAGGCAACACCGAGCAGACACUCGUCGGUCGCGGUUUCUCGUCUCGUGAUUCUUCCAGCCCAACACACUUCGAGACGGUCAGUCGAGCUUAACUGA